GCUCCGUAUGUUCCGCAGCUCCGGCGGCUCACAGGUGGAGAGCCCUGGAGCCUAGGACCGUGCUCCUGAGUAGGAGGCUGUAGAAAGUCCGGGUCCAGAACCCGGAGGCGCGCGGGGGUGGGCGCUGCUGCCGCGGGUUGUUUAUCUGGAGUACGGAGGGGAGGGGGGAGCCUGGAAACCGCCCCGUGUCCCAUUUCCUCCUCUUGUUUUCGCUCCGGAUUCUCCAUGUUGGACCCAAACUGAGGAGCCCGGAGCUGCCGCCGGGGGAUCGGGGCCGGGGGCACCCGGGGGAGCCGCUGCCGGGGCCGCCCGCUCUCGGUACAGGCCGCCUCCCUUCCCGGCCCAGGGAGGGAACAAGAGCAGGCAUGUGAACAGCAGUGGGAGUCGGAGUCUCGGGAGCCGGAGCCGGAGCGGGCCCCCGCCCAGGCCCCCCAGCCCAGCACAAGCCUGUGCGCCCGCGCGUCCUCCCGCCCAGCCAGCCCGGGCCCGUGGGAUUGUUAGAUGGAACACGGCUCCAUCAUCACCCAGGCGCGGAGGGAAGACGCCCUGGUGCUCACCAAGCAAGGCCUGGUCUCCAAGUCCUCUCCUAAGAAGCCUCGUGGACGUAAUAUCUUCAAGGCCCUUUUCUGCUGUUUCGGAGCCCAGCAUGUUGGCCAGUCCAGCUCCUCCACUGAGCUCUCCGCGUAUAAGGAGGAAGCCAACACCAUUGCUAAGUCGGAUCUGCUCCAGUGUCUCCAGUACCAGUUUUAUCAGAUCCCAGGGACCUGCCUGCUCCCAGAGGUGACAGAGGAAGAUCAAGGAAGAAUCUGUGUGGUCAUUGACUUGGAUGAAACUCUUGUGCAUAGCUCCUUUAAGCCGAUCAACAACGCUGACUUCAUAGUGCCUGUAGAGAUCGAGGGGACCACUCACCAGGUGUAUGUGCUCAAGAGGCCUUAUGUGGAUGAGUUCCUGAGACGAAUGGGGGAACUCUUUGAAUGUGUUCUCUUCACUGCCAGCCUGGCCAAGUAUGCCGACCCUGUGACAGAUCUGCUGGACAGGUGUGGGGUAUUCCGGGCCCGCCUGUUCCGUGAGUCCUGCGUGUUUCACCAGGGCUGCUAUGUCAAGGACCUCAGCCGCCUGGGAAGGGACCUGAGGAAAACCCUCAUUCUGGACAACUCGCCUGCUUCUUAUAUCUUCCACCCAGAGAAUGCAGUGCCUGUGCAGUCUUGGUUUGAUGACAUGGCGGACACUGAGCUGCUGAACCUGAUCCCAAUCUUUGAGGAGCUGAGCGGAGCAGAGGAUGUCUACACCAGCCUUGGGCAGCUGCGGGCCCCUUAGCUUUUUCCCUGCUGCCAAGCAACGGCCAUCCCAGUAGGGGACUUUCCUACACUGUGCCUUUAUGAUCAGCCUGACAGAGUAGAAGCUGGAGCAUCUCACCAGAUGAGGCCUGGAAAUAGAAGUGAUUGGAAAGAGCUUUAGGACAGGUUAGAUGCCAAGUGGGCAAGUACCAGACCAGCGAUACCCAGAGCUGCCUGCUCCCUGAGACGGGUUCCCGAGGUUUAUGUGUGCGUGUGUCUAUGUGUGUGUGUCUUGCCUUGACCUGUGGUCCUGGGAUAUAAGUGUUUCAGGUUGGGGGAGAAGCUGAAUGAUCAAAACUCUUCCCAAGUUGGUCUCCUCUCCUGUCACGCUGAGCGCCAUCACCCUCUGUAGGGAUGAAGACUUGGAGGUCCUAUUGCCAACCCCUUGGCCUCUCCUCAGUGUUGUAAGGCUUAUGCCAAGGAGAAAGGAAGGGUCAGAGGCUGCCUUCAGGUGCCCCUGGCACACACCUUUCUGAAACCUUUCUCCAGCCAGCUGCUGCAGACAGAAAGAAGACAUCUCUGGGAAGAUGAAAGAAAGCUUGUUUCCAGAACUGGUAGCCCAAGCACUGCGCUUGUCUCCAGCCAAGGAGUGCCUGGCGCAGGCCCUUUCUAUAUCUCCCCAAGGCUUGGGCAGUGGGCCUGCCUUCCUCACCACCUAGCCAUAGUCUUGAACCUGUGUGGAAGGAGGUCUUCUCCCUGUCCUGGAAGAGGACAGAUAACUGGUUUCCGUUCUUUUGACUCUUUUAAAAUUCUCUUUCUAAGUAUGGCGUGUUGGGCCUGUUUGUUUCUUGCAAUCCUGGGCCUGAGAUGAAUGUGGGAGGCCCUGGAGGUGCAGGGAAGACAAAAAUCCGCGAAGCAUGAAUGUGUGUGUCCCUGAGUCUGCUCUUUAGGGAUUCUCUGCUGGUGCUGGCACAUGGGCUUUGUUCCCAAGUUUAGGAAGAGUGCUCUGGUCCCAUCCUCCUGUCUCUCAGGCAGGGCUCUUUCCUCUUGUCUUCCCCCAGGGCCUGGCCUGGCUGAGCACACUCUUCAUCCUUCCUGACUGUUGCUUUUUCUCCCGAGGGCCUCAGGCACUCCUGCAUUUCCUGGGCUGAGGGGUAGGUGUUCUCAACGUUUAGUUUGCCAGCCUAACGCACAUGCCUCCUGCUGAUGGUAACAGGUGUGAGUGAGCCCUUCACACACCUGCGCUUUGUGUGUGUGUCUCCGCUCUCAGUUUCUUAAUAGUGAAUGCUGUUAAAAAUAGGCACAAAAUGGAAGUUUCCCCAGGAUGGAAAACAAAAGGGGAAGUGCUCCUGUAAUUGGGAGCACAGGGGGCCCCGCCAGAAGGACCCCCGCCUCAGCAUCACUGCCUUAACCAUGGCCUCCCCUCCCUCCCUCUGGGGUGGGAGGGAGUUCCUAUCCCCAUCUCUGUUUUCCCUGGAGGCAGGUGUCACAAAGCAUCAGUAAACUGCUUCAGGUGCGAGAACACCACCCACUCAGGAGUGACCCCUGUUAUCCUUUUCAAUUUCCACCCACUAGCCAGUUUGCUUACACCACGUGGUGAGGCAGCAGCUUGGUGUUCUGACAGGCUAGCAUCUUUCCCUGGCAUUGUGACACCACCUCCCUUCCUUGUCCCAAGGUUGUGAAGCCUUGUCUUUACCUUUGGUGUCACAUGAGUUGAACAGGGUCCGCAAAGCCCAGUGUGGUCAUUUCCCCGACAUCAUUCCCUGGUGCCUGCGGGAUCCUGCUGCACGCAGGUGGGGCCAGGGGUCUUGCCAAGAACAAUGUCUCUGGAAGGAAAAUGGGAGCUUCUGAUUCGAAGGCCCUGGCAGCUAGGCCUCUCUCCCAAGCCACACCCUGAGGGUUAGCCCUUGGGCCAAAUCAUCUGCCAUGGGGUCCAGCCAAGCUUUUCUGGCUAAAUAAGCAAUAAGAGGCUCUAAGCUGACUCAGUUCCUAGGACCCUUUCUGUCUUCCUUUGAGUCUCCUUGUCUCCAGGUGAAGGAAGAGCCUGUGCCACCUGCUUUCCUAUUAGGCUUGUCCAAGUGUUCCAAGGGACUCAUGCCCAGAGCCCAGGGUAAUGUGGUGGGAAUGUCCCCGCUGCUUCUGCAUGAAGCCCUGCUCUACAGGCCUGGUUUCUGCCAGAACCCUGCCCUCUGCCCCCUGCACUUCCUCACCAGAAAUGCCACAUUCCCUCUCACUCCCUCCUCCCUUCCCCAGAGAAGCAGCUCAGCCAAAUAAGUCUAAGCAGGGUCCAUUCUUGUGGACCAGAGCCAGCCUGGAGUCAUUAAGUGCUUUCUGGUCUCCAGUUUCAGCAUGUGUUAGGGGCAGGAGGUGACUGCAAAACUUGUUCCGUAGAGGAAUCAGGCCAGACUCAAUUAUGGAGGAGGGUGAGAUUGAGAGGGAACCAGUUCACCCCAGGUUCUGUUCUGGGGUUUCCCACCAACUCUUCCUGUUUGAGGCUGGUCUCUGGGAAGCAGUAGGCCACCGUGCCUGGUCAGCCCCAAAUCAAGCCAUGCCAGGAAUCUGCCCACCUGCCAGGUUCAGUUCUAUAAGGUGCCUCUUCAGGGACACAGUGUGUCUCUCUGAUUGGGCUUCUAAAUCAAAAGCCUGAUGUUCGUGUCCCUCUCAUAGGGGGAGCUUUGGACACAGGACCAGUUUGGACAGGGUCAAGGAAGAGUUUCCACUCUGCACAUUGUAGAGGGGACACUCUGUAGGCCCAUGGGUCCCUUACUAUAGAGGUUGAGUAAACUUGCCUUCAGUUAACCUGGGACCCCCUGUUUAUUUCUCUUUUGCCUCCCAAAGAUUUUGACCAUUUUAUAAGUGUAUGAAUUCACUCUGUUAACAGUGGCCUAGAAGCUUCUUUGUGCUAGAAGCAUGGGUAAUCUAAAGGCAUUCCCGUGGAAAUGGAGCUUGUUCUAUUUUGCUACCCUUAACCCUGUUCCUGAGGCCUCACUCAGUAAGGCAACCCCCUUGGAAGGCUGUCCUGCAUCCCAAGUCCCAGCCAGGUCAAGUGUCUGAGGAAGGUAAGCCUGUUUGCCCCUUCAGGUCCUCAGCUGGUUACUUACCACUGUUGUCCUUCAGUUACCUUUUUUGUAAAAUGGGGUUUUAAGUUUUGUCCUUUUUUUUUUUUAAUGCUGGUAAGUACUUGCAUUCAAGCAGGGGAGGGGAAGCGGAGGUGUGGCCCCUACCCCAUUCCUUUAAUGCUGUGGGGACCUGCCUCUCGAGCUGACCCUUCUCUUUGAGCCCCAGGAACUUCUUUGCUUGUAGUUUCUCCAGCCUGACAUGUCCCAUGUCGUGCCACUUUCAAGAUGCCGCUUGGAGGGUGGGGGAGAUCUACUUCCCUCUGUGACUGGGCUAUGGGGUUCUGACUACCUUGCUUACAGAUUCAUGGUUUGAUAAAUUUGUUGUAUUCAAAAACUUGAAAUAUAGGACGCCAUUAAGUGUCUGUUUAUAUUUUUGGAAUAUUUGUAUUACUUACAAUUAAUUAAUAAAGUGGGUUUAAAAAACCCAUCCAUGAAUGAGA